CAAAAACUUACUAAAUGUUGUUCUAUUUUUUUUUUCUAUUUUCAGGCUUUGGAUUCGUAACGUUUCAGAGCGAAGAUGUAGUGGAUAAAGUCUGCGAAAUUCACUUUCACGAAAUCAAUAACAAAAUGGUCGAAUGCAAAAAAGCCCAGCCUAAAGAAGUGAUGCUGCCCGCGAACCUGGCGAAAACGCGCACCGCUGGACGUGGGACAUACGAUUUUAUGUGGUCGCUGGGGACUUUACCUGAUGGUUUCCCAGCAGCCGCCUACGCCGCGUACGCGGCUGGUCGUGGAUUCUCCGGCUACCCGAGCUUCGGACUACCGUACCCCACAGUGGACAUCACAAAUGGACAGCUGACACCAAACAAUAACACCCCGCUGCUAACACAAGCCCUCUCAGUGAUGAACAACUACCAGGCGGCGGCAGCAGCGGCGGCCCAGGGCUUCGGAACGCCAGCCUCCCCGCACACCACCACAGCGGCCCGGACGGCGGCCGGCUUCACCAACACCAACUCACCCGGGCCCACGAUCGACAUGUACAGCUCGAGCGGGGCGGACAGCGUCGGCUACGUCCAGGCCACCAGCCCGCAACCGUCCGGCUUUCCGGCGAUUGCCGUGAGCCGCGCGCCGCUCAACUACAGCCCGGUAGGUGGAUUUUCGGGCCAGCUUAUUCCAGCAGCGUUCACCAACGGCUACCAUUGAAAUAAAUUAAGCAAUAUUAUAUGACCACCAGCAGCAGCAGCAGCAGGAGCAACAACAUCUUCGCUACUACUAUGGAACAACAGCGGGAUCUGAAGGCAGGAAGAAUUGUUUUUAUUUCCGAGUUUGGGUCCGCGUUCGAGGAAGCAACAAGUUUAGCAACAGCACACCAGAAAACCGAUACUAAAUCCUACAACAACAAUCUACCAACAACAGCAGAAAUUGGGAGAGACAUCAGCAUACACAAAUCAUAGAAGAAAUUCUGGAAUGAAGAGAGAAGCGGAAACGAGAACGAUGGAAGCGGAACGACUGAGAGUGUCAGCCUAGCCUAGCCGAACGUAGUUUUUCGAAGGACAGAAGCCUGGGAAAUGGUUGAGAUGAGCUGCUGGAAGUAAAACAGGGUCGAGCUUCGACUUCGAGAGUGUGCGUUUUGAGAUAAGUGUGCAAGUGUCUAGAGCUCUUGCAUUUUGGAUUAAGAAGGAAGACUAGGCGUUUGACAAAGUUGGGGCACGAAGGCUAGAGCAAGCGUUUGAAAGGGUAGAGAUUUUGGAGGAAGGACGUUUUUUCCUGAGAAAAUUAAUGGCAAAUGGUGGAGAUGGUGUUCGGUUUUUGUGUUUUGAAACACUGGUCAAUUUUGGGCCUUUUUGUGAGCGAUUGAAGCUUUGAUGAGCGAGCGAAAAAAAAUAAGUGUGAGUGAGGGAAUCGAAAGCAGAAGGAUUAGAAAACGACGAAAUCAUACAAAUUGUAUUCCCACCAUGUUAGUGAGGAGCGUUCUGAAGUGGGUAGCUCGGUUCAGUUUGCUGGACUGUUGAGCUGGAUUAGAUAGGGCGUGAGAUAAUUUUGAAAAUGUGUGCGUGAGAGCAGGUGCUUAGUAGUUGUUUUUGUUGUUGAAUUUGGAUAAGCGAUGAGCUUAGGCUGACUGGUCAGAGAGAUAGAAAUCAUUAAGCGGAACCAAGUUCAUCUAUGAGUAAUAGGAAGAAAAAAAACGUCAAAACAGGAAAAGACAAUUGAUGAUUCAUAAAUGAGAAAAAUCCCAAACUUUCAAAUGGAAACGGUUAACUAAUACAACAAAAAAAUAGAACAAAGAAGCUCUACCCGAAAACAACCACAUAAACACACAAGGAUAAUAAUGCUAAAUAAGGAAAAUAAUUAUAUUGAAAACAAUUAUACUACCAUACACAUCCGUAUUUUAAAGCAACCAAACCCUACAAACCAGAAUAUGAGAAGAUAAAAAAAAACAUCAAAAAAGUGCAUCAUUGUUUACGCUAUUGUAAAAAAACAACAACAAACAAGGUGAUUUGUUUCGAUAAAACAUAUUUGUUAUUACCUUUAUAUUUACUUAAUUUUAAACUUUAAAAACAAUUAUUAACUACAGUGUAAGCUGUAACGGAUCAAAUGCCGAAAAAAUUCUUUAAUAGUAAGCAAAACAACAACAAACAAAAAAAUACCGAAAAAAUGUUAAGCAACAAAAAAAAAAUUGGGUUUACUCGCCCGAAAAAGAAAUACACACAAAAACACACAAUAAUUAAGCAAAUCUUAUUACGUUUCCGUUUUUUGCUGCAAGCAAAUAUCUUUUGAUGAUAAUAUGAGGAUAAUUUUUUACUAUUGAAAAUAAAUGAAAAAAAAACUGUAAAGAAGGAUCAGAUGAAAGAGAGAUAAACUAGUGGUCUUAGGUAUAUAUAUUUAUUGAUAUGGGCAGAACAGGAAAAGGACAAAAAAUGGAAACCCUUUAAAACAAAUAUAAAGCCAACUUUUUUGCGCCAUAAGCGUUCGUUUUUAGCACCUAUUUCCUGGUUUUUUAAUUGUAUCGUCACACUUACACUGAGACACACUCACAUUUACACAGUUUACGGUGUUUAAUUCGAUUCAGACUGUUGCAGCUCUUACUCUAGGUAACGAAAACAAAAAAAGGAAAAGAUAAAUUAAUUAUUAAACAAAGCAAAACGACAAAAAAAAGUUGUACUAAAUACAAGCAAACUGUGUAACUCGUUUUAAAACGCAAGGCUUAUCUUUCAAUUACCUUACUCGAUUACUCGAUUCGAUUUUCUAACCACUUACAGCACACAAAUAAACAAAUGAAGAAAAAAAAACAACAACAAACAAACAAAAUAGUAAAUGAGAAACUAAAAAACAGUUUUCCCCUCAAUGAAACAGAAUACAAGGAAGCAAAGAGCAAGCUACAACAAAUAGCAAAAACAAACGAAAUAGAAACACAACUCGAAACAUUAGAAUCCCAAAUCCCGGAAAAAGAAAUCCAAAUAAGAGAGCAAAAGUUUAAAACAUUAGAACAUCAACAAACAAAAAAAAAACAAAAACUGUGCGAAAAACAAUUGAGAAAGUUAGAGAUGAAAGGGAGGAAAAAAUGCAAUAAUAAUUGUUACUAAGGAAAACAAAAAAAAACGUAGGGCAUUAAGCGAUGAAACAAAACAAAAACAUACACUAAGAAAAAAAAACACACUCACAUGAGGGAUGAUAGAGCGGAAAAAUAAACAACCUAGUGACGAGCUAGAGAGUUUGUUAAAAAAAAAACAUUUAUCAUCACACACUCAAAGAGAAAACAUAAACACUCACACAUCCAAACAAAAAAAAAAAACACUCUCUCACAAACAUGCGCAACAGGAUAGAAAACAAACAGAACAAAACAAACAAAAAAACAAAAACAAGAUGAGAUGAUCGAAUAGCGACAGAAGUUAUAAACUUUGGAUAUUUUUUACACUUCUAGUGUGGUGGAAAACUAUCCGAGCAAAACAAAAAAAAAAUGCGAAAAGGGAAAAACAACCAAUUUCAAAUGAGAAUGUAAAUUAUUAUAAAUACAUGAAUUAUAUGAAUAAAAGAAGCGUAAUUCAAAGAAAAGAAAAACAAAAAAACUUAGUUAAAUAUAAAUUAUAUUGAAAUUUAAAUUAAAUAAAUAAAAUAAUACAAAUAUUUAAAACAAAUACUAUGAUAAUAAAAUUAUUAUAAAUUAAUUUUUAUCAUUCAAGAAAACAACAAACCAAUUCAUGAACAAAAUGUGGAAAAAAAACUGAAACACACACGAAAAUUACGAGAUAACGCAAAGAAAAAAAAUCCAAAUCCAAUUUAAAUGUGCAGUGAAGGGCAGUUCAGGUCGAAGAUGACGUCGAAGAAGGAGAAAAUACCAGGUUAUUUCAAUUAGUGCGAGGAGUGUGAACCAAAAACAUUCGCAAAACAAACAAACGUACACUUACACACUGAAUGACAACACUCCAAAAGUCGGUAAUAAGAAAUAUUAAUAAUAAAAAGUAAGGCAAAUUGCAGAAAUGGUAAACACAUAAUUUGAAUCUUAACUUUUGGGAAGUCAACCAGCAACAAACAGAAAAAAAAACCAACUCAACCCAACUGGCACUUGGCCACUUGGAUGGUUAAUCACUCUUUUUCAAAUUUUGUCAAAAUUUUGACAAAAUGAACAAAACAAACCAAAACAAUACGCAAUUAUACUGUCAGUUAGGUCUAAAUGGAAUAAAGAAAUGAAAAAAAAAACAAAUUCUAUCACACUCCCAGAACCUUUAACAGAUAAGCAAAUCAAACAAACAGAAUAAGAAAAAAAACAGCUAAGCAAAUCAUUCAUACAACAACCAAUAAGAAAACAAAACAGAAAAAAAUCAGUAUAAGUAAACCAACAAAAAACCAACGUUUGAACAGAUAAGGGUAAACCAAGAUAGCAAGAAAAAAAACCAACCAAAAACAAACUCAUACCAACCAGAUUAUUAUUGUGAAUUAUUAUUACCGAUUGGAGCGAGCAGGAAUGUAAGAAGCAAACCAAACCAUACGAAUCUUAUCUGGGUUGCAGAAAAUGAAGAAAAAAAAAACAGUAAACAAAACCAUUGAUAACGUUUGAAUUUGCCCUGCGCAUUAAACUGAAUAGCAAAAAAAACACAUAACAUCAAAACAGCAACAGAAACAACAACAACAAGAGAAACGAUUAGAAAAAAAAACAAAUAAAAAAAAACAUUUCAAAA